AUGACAGUCGACGACGAGAACUCCGUGUAUGUCGGCAACCUGCCUUACGACGCUACUGAAGAUAGUAUUCGAAGUGUCUUCGAUAUUUACAGGCAAAUAAUCGCCGUUAAGAUAAUCAAUGAUCGUGGAGUAGGUGGAAAAUGCUAUGGCUUUGUUACUUUCACAAAUCCCCGAUCUGCAGUUGAUGCCAUCAAUGAUAUGGAUGGAAGGACUGUUGAUGGACGAGUUGUUAAGGUGAAUGAAGUCAAAAGUAGAGGUGGAAGGUCAAACUUUGGGCGUGAACGUGACAAUUUUCGAAGAAAUAGUAAUGAUAGAGAUGUAGAGGUGGAUAGGGGUAGAGAUAGAGAGAGAAACUAUGGUCGUGUUAGGGAUAGGUCUAGAGACCUUGAUCAAGAUAAAGAAAGGGGAUAUGAGCGUGCACGUGAUCUUGAUCGGACACGCAACCGUUUCAUUGAUAGGGACACUGAUAGAGACAGGGACAGAGACAGAGACAGAGACAUGGAUGAACGCGAUCAAGCAUGGGAAAAUGAUAGGGAUCAAGAGAAGGAGAUAAGAAGAAGUGACAUUCAUCAUAGGAAUGGAAACAAUUCUGAUUUUAAUGAUCAUCAUGCUGCAAAACAACUCGAUGUUUCACGCCAAAAAAUAGAAGAACUUCAGAAAGAGGUUUAUCGAAUGGAAGAGCUUGUAGAAGAGAAAGGUGAUCAUGUAUCUAAGCUGCAGGAAAAGUCCCAGAAACUAGAGGAUGCACUUGCAUCUGCUAAAAAACUCACUUCAAAUCGCAAGAAACAGUUGAUUAAGCUUCAUAAAUGUUUUGUUAAUAUGAGAGAAUAUAGUGAGAAACUUAAAAGCUGUGAAGAGGAACUCCAGGCUCUUGUUGGAUCAACAUUGAAAGAAUUAGAAAGUCACAAUGUAGUGGACACAGAUGGACUCAUGGCUUAA